AUGGGGGCCACCAACAUUCAGGACGCAAAGCUCCUAAUUCAGUCUUCACGCGUAAUCGACCGAACGAGCGGCCUCAAAGAUCUCAUACAUAUCCUCAAGCACAACCGCGGGAAGCCCGGUCUUGAGGCUCUCGGCAACAAGGCCUACCUGGCGCUAUGCGAGACGCUUUUCCAAUGCCUCCACGAUGGGCGAUCCGCUUUCCUCGUCAGUAAGACCAAGUCGAGCAAGUCUGGUUCGACCGCUGCGCUCCUUCCCCUCUCAGCCUCGGCGCUCCGUCACGUCAUCGCUUCCGGCGUACGAACCAUCAAGGGCUCCACGGUUGAGAUCAUAAUAGGCACGAUAAUCGAGGUACUCCCAGGCAAAUCCAGUCUGCUUGAGCCGCUUCUUGAAGAUCUCCCCAAGACGUUGCGAUCACUCUUUGAAUACCAGCCGCAUGUCGAGCGUCUGUCAAAGGACUGCUGGGACGCUGCAGUCGAUUUCUGCAUUGAGUCGUUGGCCGGCUUCUUUCAAGAGUCACCUGUAGAAGGUGAGCCGCAGAACAGCUGGAGCACUAGCGUCUCAAGUCGCGCCCGCACCCCCCUUGAUGCCGACUUUACAUCUUCUAGAGCCUCACCGCGCUUGCCAGUGACCAAGACAAAGUCAAGUCCCCCUGAGCAUGUUCGCGCAGCAGAAGACUUCGUCCAUUGCCUGCAUCAUCUCGUCAAAGCCUCAAAUGCGCCAUUGCUUGCUAGAGCGGACGCCAUUCUGGCAGUAUUGCUACAGUUCCUCCAGCAAAGGACUGGCCGUGGAAGUGUGGGCGUUGCUGCUCUAGCCGCUGUUAAUGCAAUUCUUGCACGCACCACGCUGCAAUCCCUCGAACUGACUAAACGCACAGUGCGAGAACUGCUCCCACUUCUGAAGGUUAUGUGGUCCGAAGCUACACUACGGGAUGAGAUUAUGAUCAGUUUGAUAUAUAUCGAGGCACACAUUGCAAGCCUCCUUGCUGACCCAGACGAUGAAACCGUCAGCUCUAACCUGGAAGGCCUUGUCGAGACCAUGUACAGCGACUACCGGCGCAGACAAGAAACUACCGCGCACCAGUAUCUUGAAGAAGACUAUCUUUGUUUUCGACACCUGGGCCCUGCUCACGGCGAUACCCAUCCCCUGAACACUUGCGCAUUCUCUAUGGAAACGGAGCAUCAGCGAUAUGAGGGGCUGUGGUCCACAGUAUCCACCAUUGCACGUUUCUCUUUUAUGCUUGAUGAGCGGAGACAGUAUAUCGCCCACGAUCGUAGCGACGGCGAAGAGAGCUUUAGCAAACGCAUUCGCAUUACUCAAUUAUUUCCUGAAUACCUUCGUCAUGUGUCUGAACCCAGAUCAAAUGUCAAACGUGCAGCUCUACAGGUUGUUGCAUUCAUGGUACAGGAAGGCCCCUUCGACGAGGACGAGCUCCAGCCAAUGUUAGAGAAGCUCACUUCAUGCAUCUCUGAUGAACAUCCUGCUCAUUCGGUAUGGGCAAUGAUAGGCUUGACAGGCGCCGCCCUUCAGCAAUCGGCAUCUCAUCCAAUCCUGCUCCCCUACUGGAUAUCUGCAUGGCAAAGCGCAUCCCGCGCAGUCACUUCCAUGUCCGUAUCCCGUGCGGCAUGUCAUCUCAUGGACGUUCUGUUGAGACUGAACAUCGUUCCCUUUUCAGCUGUCUCUGAGACCGUCCAGUCUCUACUACUAUCCAUUGAAUUAAGUGGACCGGCGCUACUUACAGAGAGCAGUUCAUCACUGUUGACUACCAUCCUUCAGGAACGUAUCAAAGAAAACCCAACACACUUCAGUUCGACCGCUGAGCGAAUCCUCAACUGGCUCCUCACCAAAUGGACUCCGAGUCUCUGGUCUGACCGCACGUAUUCUGCGCUGAAUGCGCAUCACUGCAACGCUCGAGAUGUACUGCGUAUUCUCUUCUCUUGCUUGGACUUGCCCUUCAACCCGCCGAAACCAGCAACUUAUAUGGUACUGGGACCCAUCGCGCAGGCCAGAAUGCAGAUGGGACGUUACAGAGAUUUGGCUCAUUACCUUUUGCUACUUCGUCCUACAAGGGAUUUUACAGCCAAGCUCGAAGGACCGAGCAUCUCUUCCGAGGAGCCCAUGAGCGACUACUAUUCUAUACAGCUUGGAAACAGAAUCCUCGACUACUGCAUAUCUGAGCUUGACAGAGCCAGGCACCACUGGAAGGAUAUGACCGCGACAAACAUACAAGGUAUUACCUCGGACAUGAUGCGCAUCAUCACGAAUCUGUGCAUCGUUGCACCAGCUGUUGCUACUCUUAGCGAUCCAGAUGAGCGCCGUGUUCACGCUCUUCGAUUAGCUGCCACUAGCUUGAUCGAGUCCUUUGUCACUGUACUAGCUAAACCUCAAACGGAACAAUAUAAGGUUGAUGCUGUCCUCGAAACAUGUACAAAAAGUCUUCCUGACAUCAGCUCACUCAAGCGGGUGACCUCGGAUGCGUACAAAUUGACGGGAAUUGACCAGCUAGCUCGGUAUCUACCUAAAGCUCUUCAACAACGCAAAGAGGUCAAACAAUCAUUCUACGCGGAAGACGACGACUUUAUGGAAGUGGACGACGAACCUGACUCGCAAAUGACUGUGGGAGCUACUGCUCUCGAUAACGAUGUGCCUCGACAUGAUGUACAAGCAGAAACCGAUAUAACCGCUUUGCGUGCAUCAUGUUCAGCACACUUACAGUUCAUCUCAUGUCUUGAGAAACAUACUGAACUAGAACCUGGCACAGUACCUCCUGAAUUCGUGGAUUACCUAGUUUCUCUUCCUGAGAGCGAUCUCCUCCGUUCACGUCAGUUUCUUCGUUCAGUAUGGAACAGUCAUUUGAAGAUAUCCCGGAACGACUGCCUCAACCUCUUGGAGCGUUUCAGUGAAGCUCUUAUUGAUCCCCGCGCUCGCGAGUACAAUACCUCGGAAGUUGCCAAUAGUAUGCUUGUCGAGGUUCUAAUUGGAACCACCCUUGUUUGGCUUCCUGAUGCGACCGAUCGCGAAGCUCAGGAUCUCUAUGACAACGUUGAGGCACUCUACGUUUACUACGUCAAGGAGAUGGAGAAGGGAGGUGUGAGACGAUCCGCAAACUUGCAAACAACGAUCGCGAUCUUUCUACAUGGCCUGCUGAAACAUCAUCCCGACUUUGCGCAAAACCGCAAGGUUCCAUCGGUACGGACCAGUCUCUUCGAGCUUCUUUCGAAAGGCGACAUGACCGUGAAGUAUCAUAUUGCCGAGCACCUGCCAAGGAUGUUCGAAGAUUUCGUACUAUCUGAGCACGAUAAGAUUUUGCAGGAUGUCGACAGUAGCUUACCCGGAGAUGAUGAGGGUCUCGAAGGCAUUGCUGUUCGGUUACUUGUCCUGUCACGGCUGGCAUCUCAGUGGCACACGCUGUUGCGCCAUAGUGUGUAUCGCAUUUUCGCAACAGCAGGGACUAUUGCUGGAGCUAUUGAUCACGCUAAACGAUGUAUCUCCAACGUUGCUCAAUCCAGAGGCCUCGGUGAUUCGCAAAGCCUGUUCAAACUUUUCGCUCCGCAAGUCAUCUACACCUGGUUAGAUCGAGGCCAGAGAGUCGGUCGUAUUCCAUUUCCGAUCUUUGGUUAUGCUUCUCUCUUCGACCUUCUCCGUGACAUUGAAGCCGAGGUGGUGGGUCAAGCCAUUAUGUUUGGACGCAAGGAUGAGGUGGACUUUCUGGCCGACUGUUUGGAGAUGUCGACUCAGGAAAUGCUGUCAAGGAACAUUGGCAAGGCAGCUGCAUAUACCAUUGCAUGGGAUACUUGCAGAGGCUCCGCUCGUAACAAAGCCGACUCCAGCUUCGGCAACCUACUUAAAGACAUGGUCGGCAGCGACAAGUACUACGGCCUCAUACAGAAGCAGUUCCCUCAGGUUUUGGGUCACAUAUUCCAAACUAUCGAUCACGAAGAACGUCUCCCCAAGUCGCUGGACAAGAAACCAGCGUUCAAUCCCGCGGCAGCAGUGCUGGCUGAGAUUGCCGAAAUCAGUCAAUCUGCGCAAGGUCUUAAUAUAGGCAUUGAGCCGUCGUUCUCCGCCUUUUACUUGCCAGACCAACUAGAACGUUUGUGUAGACGAACAGGCGAUAGGCCGGCUAGCUUCUGGUCCCCAAGCACAUAUACAUAUGUAAUGCGCUCUUUGCUCGAUCGUAUCCAUCCGGCUCUUGGCUCGCUUUAUGCCAGAUCGAUGAUCCGCAAGAUUCGAAUCAUUGUUGCGUUGGCUGGAUCUGUAGCACUUGAAGGCUACCCGUUGCAAAUGACGCUUCAAUCCUUGCGCCCGUUUCUCACUGAUAUGCAAUGCGCAGAGGAUACGGUGGGAAUCAUGCAGUAUCUUUUUGAGCAUGGCGCUCAAUAUCUCCGCCAACAGCUCAGUUUCGUCACGGGCAUCGGCCUGUCGAUUCUAAUAUCUCUCCGAGUGUUUCUUGGCUCAUCUCAGGAUAGCACCACCCAGCAGUCCCAGCAUAUAGCAACUAUGAGCGCAGCCAAUCGAUUUCACACAUGGCUCACUGAGUACCUCAAGGCUCAUGCUCAGGCCAUCACUGGUACAGAACGGUCCUCCGCCAUCAAAGCCUUCAAGCUCAUCACUACUACCGCUUCUCGGGUCACUGCCGAAGGUAACUCAUUACGAGGUAGUGAGGAGAGCAAGCUUCUUUUGGAAAUACUAGAUGAUGUGCGGUCAGGACGCAAGCUCCUGAAUAAGACAUCACGAGAUGUUGCCUUGGACUUGCUCUGCCAAAACUUUCGCCCUGCUUCGAAUGCCCGAGAUGAUGUCCUUGGGUUAGAUCGCGACGCUGCAGAGUACGCACCCCUAGUUUGGGAAUCUUGUCGCAGAAGCAAAGUUGGCGACGGCUAUCUUUUGUGGACGGCGCGGGUCUUGGGUCGAGCAUAUAGCGCUUACGGGGAAGUCAAGCAAAGCUCUGCGCAGGCUCGACCCUGGUCAUCUUCAAUACAGACUUCAAAGUCUAUUCCUGGAAAGUCAUCGAGAGAAGCUAUUGUGAACGAGGUCAUCGACUUGUUCUAUAGCGACGAUCGCAGUGAGGUUAGUCUGGCAGAAGACGCUGUACGACGUCUGAUCUCUCGCUUGGUUCCCGAUUCACCGUACAUGAGCGAGAUGCAUCGAGUCAUUCCAGAGGCCAUUGGUAAAGCCCUCUUAUACAAGCCUCCAGAGCCGGAUAGCACAUCCCAUCCCAUGGCAGAUGGUCUGCGUGAAGCCGUCUCAACCACGCCGGUGAAGCCAGUAUCGGAUUGGAUCAGGGACCUGACGAUGGCACUUUGCAGAGUCGCAAUUGAUGACCCCAUCCUCGGCGCACUUCCAGACUUGCUUUGUGGUAUUAAUCACAUGGCGGAAAGGCUUUUACCCUACAUACUUCAUCUCGUGCUACUUGACGAGUACGAAGAAGAACGCCAUGUUCACGAUACCAUCUCCAAGUCGAUGGCAAUUUGGUUCCGCGAGUGCAGCCCAACUACGAUACCACAUGUUCGUAUUCUUAUACAAUCCAUUCUCUAUCUGCGAAGUCAACCGGUCCCUAAGGAGGUUACUAGAGUGGAGCGAGACAAGUGGUUGGAUUUCGAUUAUCUCGAGGCUUCACAGGCCGCGAACGAUUGUGGCAUGUAUAGGAGCGCGCUCUUGUUUGCAGAGACGUCUUCCGGUCAACCGAUCAUCAAGAGUAGCACAAGGAGAUCGUCUGUCAGGGCCGACCCUCCAAAGGUGCCUCUUCAACUCCAGCUUUCGAUCUACAAGAACCUUGACGAACCUGAUUCGUUUUACGGAGUAGACCGCGGCUCUAGUCUGUUGUCAGUGCUAGAUCGCCUUGACUACGAGGGGGAUGGUGUCAAGAGCCUUCUUUUCCGCGGUGCUCGCCUCGAUAGUCAGAUGCGCCGACGCAAUGAGUUCGAAGCGGUAGACUCCCGUGGCACAGUCAAAUCUCUGAUCAUGCUCAACAUGAACAGCGUCACGCACUCUCUGCUCUCGAACGACCAAUUCCGCGAUGCAGGAGAUGACGUAGUCGAGAGUACACUCCACACCGCACGAAAGCUGGGCCGGUGGGAUAUCAAGGCGCCUGAGAUGAAUCAUACUGAGGCAAGUACCUUGUUCAAGGCGUUCCAAGGCUUGCAUUUUGCGAAGAGCGCGACGGAGGCUCAGGAAAACUUCGACCGACAACUACAAGCGACCAUGAACUUCCUCUGUGGCAAGGAUAGCUCGUCGAUUUCUACGAAGAUACGCUUGCGAACGCUAGGAGCGCUCGCAGAGGCGGAUGAGGUAAUCAAAGCGGAGCGUUCAGAGCACUUGAUGGAUACCUGGGAUAGCAUGAAGGCUCGAGAGAAGUGGAUGCGGGCUGGCGAGUUCAAUGACGUGCGCCAGCUUCUGUCAUGUCGUGAAACGCUGUUCAACGUAAUCGGCACGAACGUUGCACUUGUGGACUCGUUACAUACCCGGACUGCAACUAUACGGGGUAUGGAGGUAGAGGCUCUGGUUUCCUCUUCUAGCCUUUGCAGAAAGCACGGCGCGCUUCAAGAAUCGCUUGCCAGCGUUACCUAUCUUUCUGACAUCGUCCCAGAAUGCAAGGCUAUCGGUCUAGAUAUCGAGGCUACGGCCCAGCAUGAGGUGGCAAACGUCCUCUGGGAACAAGGCGAAACAGAGAUCUCAAUAAGAAUGCGUCAGCAUCUGAUCGAUCACGCAGACUUCGACUCACAGAAUGUCGACCUGAGCUUGCCAGUAUUGCUUGCCCGACUGGGUCAUCAUCUUGCUGAAGCUCGCCUCGCCAAACCCGAUGCGAUCAUGGAAGAGUACCUGGAGCCAGCGAUUCGCGAACUCAAAGGUCAAAAGGAGGGCUUAGGCCCAGGCCAGGUUUUCCAUGAGUUCGCCCUCUUCUGUGACAAGCAACUGCAGAGCCCUGAAGCCGCUGAAGACAUGAAUCGCAUUAAGACGGUGAUGGAUCGGAAGCUGCAAGAGUAUCAUGACUUUGCCAAGUUGUCGAAGACCGAUAAGAGCAAAGGAAUGCGCGAAACCUACCACCGUAAUGCUCGCCGUGCAAAAACCUGGUACGACCUUGACAAUGCGGAGUACGAAAGGAUGCGGAAAGGUCGUGAGCAAUUCCUGCGCCAGUGUCUCGAGAAUUACCUCCUGUCCCUUCUCGCUAGUGACGAGUACAACCAUGACGCACUUCGGGUAUUCUCCUUGUGGCUGGAGUACUCUGAUACUCCGUUAGCCAACCAAGCUAUCAAGGCAUACCUCAAGGAUGUUCCGAGCGGAAAGUUCGCCUUGCUGAUGAAUCAGCUGUCGUCACGAUUACAAGCUGAGGAGAACGACUUUCAGCAUUUGUUGAUGGAGCUGGUCUUCCGUAUCUGCGUUGAUCAUCCAUUCCAUGGCAUGCACCAGAUUUUUGCAAUCCAGAUGAAGGUAGCCGCCACCUCUAGGGAAGAUGUCGUCCGAGCUAAAGAUGAAUCUGCCAAAUCUCGUCAGAAAGCCGCAGGUGGCCUUGCGACAGCGCUAAGCACUGACAAGAGAGGUCGGUCGUACUGGAGCUCGAUUUUCCAGUCCAAUGAGGUGUAUCACCAUCUCGCCAUGUUCAAGGGCGAGAAAGAAAGUACCCAGCAAGGCCGUGAGUUACCGCUCGACAGGUACAAGGAAUCGCGAGAGUUGGUGAACAAGAUUCCGAAGCUCAACGUACCACCCGCUACUCUGCAAAUUGAGGUUCGACCCAACAUGAACUAUAGCGACUUGCCGAGGAUUGCAGGUUUUAAGUCGACUAUGACGAUAGCCAACGGACUCAGUGCGCCGAAGGUCAUCACUGCUAAGGGAACUGAUGGCAAACCGUACAAACAGCUGUUCAAAUCCGGAAACGACGAUCUGCGUCAAGAUGCCAUCAUGGAGCAAGUUUUCGACCAAGUCUCGCGACUACUCAAGAACCACACCGCAACGCGCAUUCGAAACCUCGGUAUCCGCACAUACAAAGUCCUGCCGCUCUCGACGCGCUCCGGUCUCAUGGAGUUUGUGCAGAACACCAUUCCGCUGCAUCUCUGGGUCAUGCCAGCACAUGAGAAGUACUACCCAAGCGACUACAAGCCUGAGAAGUGUCGCAAAGAAAUCGGCGCAUGCCAACAAGACUCACUCACGACACGCGUCAAAGUGUGGCAAAAGAUUGCAGAUAACUUCCACCCCGUUAUGCGCUAUUUCCUGCUCGAACGCUUCGAAGACCCAGACGAGUGGUUCGAGCGCCGUCUAGCAUAUACUCGCUCCACAGCCGCAAUCUCCAUCCUCGGCCACGUUCUUGGUCUCGGCGAUCGACAUUGUCACAACAUUCUUCUCGACGAGAAGUCCGGCGAAGUAGUGCACAUUGAUCUCGGUGUGAGUUUCGAAGCGGGUCGCGUCUUGCCGGUACCAGAAGUUGUGCCAUUCCGACUGACGCGCGAUUUGGUUGAUGCUAUGGGAUAUACGAAGACGGAGGGUGUGUUCCGCCGCUGCUGCGAGUUCACCAUGGACACGCUGCGUGAGGAAAGGGAGUCGAUUAUGACUCUUCUUAACGUCCUGCGGUACGACCCCCUCGUCAACUGGAGCGUUACACCCACCAAGGCGAAGCGCAUGCAAGAAGCCAACCAAGAAACUGGUGCAAACGGUACCGCGCGUUCGACGACCGUCGCACCUGGGGGUACACCUGCGCCGUCGGGGGGUCAGUCAGCUGUAGAAGAGGCGGCGGGUAUGGCUCAUGAGAGUAAUAAGAAGAGGGAGAAGGAAGAGCAGGCUGGUGAGGCGGGGAGGGCAUUGAGUGUGGUGGAGAAGAAGUUGAGCAAGACGCUCAGUACCAAGGCUACUGUCAAUGAGCUUAUCCAACAGGCUACUGAUGAGCGGAAUCUGGCGGUGCUAUAUAUGGGGUGGGCUAGUUACGCGUAG